CCCGAGGCGGGGGCGGCACGAUGCGGAAGUGCGGGGCGGACUAGGCGACCCGCGGGAGGCUCAGCUCGGGGAGGGCUCAGACCGGCCGCAGCGCCCGGCCGGGGCUCCUGGCUCCCCGCGGGCGCACCGCAGACAGAGCCCUUUGCCAUGAACCAGCCAGCCCCGGGGGUUCCCCCACCACCCCGCCGUGUGAGGCUGAAGCCCUGGUUGGUGGCCCAGGUGAACAGCUGCCAGUACCCAGGACUUCAGUGGGUCAAUGGGGAAAGGAAACUCUUCUAUAUCCCCUGGCGCCAUGCCACAAGGCAUGGGCCCAGCCAGGAGGGAGACAACACCAUCUUCAAGGCCUGGGCUCAAGAGACGGGGAAGUACACCGAGGGGGUGGACGAGGCUGACCCAGCCAAGUGGAAGGCCAACCUGCGCUGUGCCCUUAACAAAAGCCGUGACUUCCGCCUGUACUACGAUGGUCCUCGAGACAUGCCACCUCAGCCCUUCAAGAUCUACGAGGUCUGCUCCAAUGGCCCCGCCCCUGCAGAGUCCCAGCCCACUCCUGGAGAAGAUUACACUCCUGGAGAAGAGGAGGAGGAGGAAGAGGAAGAGCUCCAGAGAAUGUUGCCGGGCCUGAGCAUCACAGAACCUGUGCUACCCGGGCCUCCCAUAGCACCCUACUCCUUAUCCAAAGAUGGCGGCAUCAAGUGGCCACCUGCUCUCCAGCCAUCUGUAGGGCUGGGUCCCCCUGCCCCAGAUCCAAAUCUCCUGGUCCCUCCCUCCGGAAAUCCUGCUGACUUCCAGCAGCUUCUCCCUGAGGACCUGGAUCCUGGACCGCUGGCUCCCAGUCAGCCCCCUACAGAUCAGCUCUUGCCUGACCUGCUGAUCAGCCCCCACAUGUUGCCUUUGACUGACCUGGAGAUCAAGUUCCAGUACCGCGGUCGGCCACCCCGUGCCCUCACCAUCAGCAACCCCCAAGGCUGUAGGCUCUUCUACAGCCAGCUAGAGGCUACCCAGGAGCAAGUGGAACUCUUUGGCCCUGUGAGCCUGGAGCAAGUGCGCUUCCCUAGCCCAGAGGACAUCCCUAGUGACAAGCAGCGUUUCUAUACAAACCAGCUGCUAGAUGUCCUGGACCGUGGGCUCAUCCUCCAGCUGCAGGGCCAGGAUCUGUACGCCAUCCGUCUGUGCCAGUGCAAAGUGUUCUGGAGUGGGCCCUGUGCCUUAGUCCAGGACUCACGCCCCAACCCCAUCCAACGAGAAGUCAAGACAAAGCUCUUUAGCCUGGAGCAGUUUCUCAACGAACUCAUCCUGUUCCAGAAGGGUCAGACCAACAACCCGCCGCCUUUUGAGAUCUUCUUCUGCUUUGGUGAAGAAUGGCCUGACCUCAAACCCCGAGAGAAGAAGCUCAUUACUGUACAGGUGGUACCCGUUGCAGCCAGGUUGUUGCUGGAGAUGUUCUCCGGGGAGCUCUCCUGGUCGGCGGACAGCAUCCGGCUGCAGAUCUCAAACCCAGAUCUCAAAGACCACAUGGUGGAGCAGUUCAAAGAGCUCCAUCACAUCUGGCAGUCCCAGCAGCGGUUGCAGCCCAUGGUCCAGGCCCCUCCUGUGGUAGGCCUUGGUGCUGGCCAAGGGCCCUGGCCCAUGCAUCAUCCAGUUGGCAUGCAGUAACAAGGCUACAGAUAGCGGCUGGCCUGGGUUUCCUGGGGCAACUGUGGAGAUUGACAGGGCAAUGCAGUGGACCCAGCAGGCCUGGCUGGCUGCAGGGUUCUACUUCUGAGUCUGUUAAGAAAGAGUUGGGCCAAAGAGCUGGACAUCAAAGAGAGGCCUCAGGUCACAGUCUCCCUAAAAUUCUUUGAUUUGAGCAUUGUCGCUGGGAGAUCUGUAAUGUUUGGCUCCGAAGAAGUGUAGCCAGCAGCUCAGUGGGAGGGAAGAAGCAUCACUAGCCCGGGACGUAGAUGCAUGGGUCCAGUUACCCCAGGGUAGCCAACUUUUAUGGUUACCCCGAUUCCUCUAGCAAAAAGUACCCAAGGAGUGUUCGUGGGGCUUCUGCAGAGAAUAGGCCUGAUUUAGGGAUUCCCUAGCUUGAGCCUUUCUCAUCUUCCUUCUGUCAAGAACAUCACUAGACACUUGGGGCUGACAGCUGCCUUCCUUCAGAGUAUAAGAAGCUGGGGUACAAAGUAGAAGUUAAUAUAUUUUUGGACUAAUAAAUGUUAAAAGGAGAUCUGCUCAUUCCUUGACUGUUCC